AUGUCCCUUUGCACCGUUGUGGAGAUCGCUCUCCAAUUCGAGAGCUUUCGAAACAUCGAUCUCUUCCACCAAGGUCUUUAUCAUUUGAAGACGCGCAUCUACAGAGACGAUGAGUCUCGGGCGCUUGCUGUGCCCCAUAGUCAUCUCAAGGGCCCAACGUUGGUCACUGAGCCCGUGAAGGGCAAAGCACCUCGCGUGGAUCACCACAAUUUGAUUCCGGCCCACCUCAACGAGGAGUUGUACACCUUCUCAACGAGGAGCUUCUUGAUCCGCUACUGUGAGGAGGAAGUGGAGCUGGGAGAUGUUGGACAAUUUCGACUGGAGCUUGGUCCAUCAGAGUUGGAGCGCCGGCAACCGCUGCUUUUGGAGGUGGAGCUGAUGUUUGCUGAUCUGACGCAGCCCAGCGGAGAAAACCUGGGAGAUCAGCCUGAUGUUGAGUCGGCUGAAUUCCGAUGCGUCUCCACUCAAGUCUUGCGACUGCGUGGGGUGGAGCGAGGCUUGCAUGACUUUUGCCCGGUGGUUUUCGAUGAGUGCCACUUCUGCCUUCUAAACCUAGCGGUUCACUCGGCCGUCCUGGACCUUCGUUUCCGCCUGCGGCCCAAGCAGCUGGCUGCGGCCAAGCCAAAGGUCGCUGGACCAGCUCCACGUGCUGGGGCCAAGGGCGAGGAGGAUAGUGAAGGGGGCGAGAGCCGGGGGGGCGAUGUGGGCCUACCAGCCGUCGUGAAGCACUCAAAGAAGUCCUUGAACAAUGACGGCUCCGAGGAUCAUGAUCAGGAGCGCCCACCCUCCAGCUGGCAAGCCGCACCGCCACCAGCCUUGUCCAUGGCGGAAGCCCUGUUUGCAGAGGAGCUCAACAGACCAGUGGAACACAGUCGGCUGAUGCAGCUGGCAGAAGGCCUCUACAGGCGGCACAUUGGUGUUUUGUCCUCCUCAUAUGUGCAACAAGCUGCAUGGUUCAAACUCAUCUGUGAGCGCUGCCUCACUCCUCUUCAGAGAGAGGCCCUCUUCGGUCGGACGGAGGACGGUGACGUGGUGGUGCCGUCCGAUCUGGGAAUCGACGUCCUGACGCUGCCAAAGGGCAUGCUGAUGCCGCAGCUGCCGAAUCCCAGCGGAGUGCGAGCAAGUGGCUCAACGGCGGGCAUCAGUUCUUUGAAGCCAGCAGCUGGCUUUGAGUGUACCACUGGUGAACGGGUGUUGCAAGAGAGCAUCCUUGCGAGAAUCGCAGAGUCGGGGGAGAGCUUCACUCCGCAUUCAGUGGCCAGGCUAUUAGCUUACGACCUGAAUGCUGUGAGUUGUCAAAUUCUGGAGCUCUGGCACCAGGCCCUGAACGUGGUGGCCUUCUGCUAUCGGGAGAUUGCCUCAAUGCUACGCACGCAAUGGGAGGAGCGCAUCAUCGACCAGUGGUCUCUUUCGAUUGUUCGAGAGAAGAUGAGUUCCAACUUGGCAGAGCCUGAGAACAAAUCCAUAGGUGAUGCUCACACUGCUGCGGCAGAGAACCUGCGGAAGACAGUGAAGCCACGGUCCCCGGAGCUGGCGUCCAUCGAGGAUACCACACUGUUCCCGUCCAUCGAACAGCGUCCCGUGCUCUUCGACCAACGAUGCGUGGGAGUCGCCGGCAUGGACGUCAAGGGCAUACCUCAUCCCAGUGUGUGGGAGUCGCGUGUGCCAUCGGCCCCCAAGCAGUACCGCGGUGUUCAUUUGUUCGUGCUUUGCCAUGGCUUCCAAGGGAACUCCUUUGACAUGCGACUUAUGAAGAACAACAUCGCGUUGCUGUAUCCCGAUGCCAUCUUUCUGUGCUCUCAAUCCAACGAGGACAACACGGAAGGCGAUUUCCAGGAGAUGGGCAUCCGACUGGCACAAGAGGUGGGAAACUUCAUCUGCGACUGGUGCCCAGGUACAGCACUGGGGCGACUGAGCUUUAUCGCUCAUUCCAUUGGUGGAUUGAUUGUGCGGUCAGCGAUUCCCCAUCUUCAGGACUUCAGAGAUAAGAUGUUCACCAUCCUGACCUUCUCCUCUCCACACGUUGGAUAUUUCCUGAAGAACAUCAGUCUCUUCCACCUUGGCCUGAAGGUGCUCCAAUCCUGGCGAGGCUCGCAAUGUCUCACGCAGCUGUCCAUGGCGGAUGCCGAUGAUCCCAGGAAGACCAUGAUUUACAAGUUGAGUCAAACGCCUGGAUUUGAGUAUUUUCAGAAUGUGGUGUUGGUCUCCUGUUUCAGCGACAGCUAUGGUCCUUUCGACUCUGCCAGAGUUGAGAUUGGGAACAUGUUGGGGAUGCACACGGCACAGGAGGCCUACAAAGAAAUCGUGCAGAAUCUAUGGAAAAAUGUGAAGCCCGAAAGGGUUUUCAGAUUUGAUGUCAAUUUCCACAUUCCGGAAAACAAUCUUGACACCUUCAUUGGUCGAGCUGCCCACAUCCAAUUUCUGGAGUGCCAACCGGAUAUACGGCCCACAAAGCUCCGGGCCACGGAGGCUAAAGCCUUGGAGGAGAAACGCUCCAAGCAGCUCGAAGAUUUGGAUCGAGUCGACAGGCUCUGGGAGUUCCGCCUUUGUGUCGAGAUGCUCCGGGACUGUUUGGACUCCUUCUCCACUCAUGGUGAACGUGAUUUGCUGAGUACAGCAGAUGAGACUCUUCUAGCUACAGAGGACCUCUUAAGGCGUAUCACGGAACUGGCCGUGAUGCACAAAAACUCGGGUGAAGCCCUGCUGGAUGUCAUCAGUCAAGGCUCUCCAGGCAGCUUCGCGGCUCAGGAGGAUAGUGGAUUGCUAAUGCAGGUGCUGCAGUCCCCUGAUUUUCGUGAAAAGGGAGGCCUUACGUCAAGCCUCCUAUCUUCCAGGUUGAUGAUCUCUGGCCUUUUGGAGUCAGUUCUUGGUGAACUCACUUGUUGGCGCUCGCAUCCAAGUGAAGCUGACUUGCAGGCUUGGAAGCGAUGGGACCGCACGUACGAGCUCUUAGCCAAGCGGGUGGCAGCGGUCCAGCAAUCUCAACAAGUUCCGGGUGUCGCUUCGAUCGAUGACCUGCGACGUCGCUGCUUCGAGGGCGCAUCCCGAUGUGAUGGCGAUGAAGUGGUCGAGUGUGUGGCCUGUCGUCCAGCGUGCACUCCGCUCUGUGGCUAUGGCCGAGCGUAG